AUGACCACAUCGGCCUUCUCUUUCCAGUUGCAGCACUCCGACGGGUCGGCCCGCGCCGGGGAGAUACACACCCCCCACGGGCCGGCGCCAACGCCGCUGUUCAUGCCGGUGGCGACGCAGGCAACGGUGAAAAGCCUGACCCCGGAGGAAGUUGCCGGCAUCGGCGGACGGGUCGUGCUGAGCAAUGCCUACCACCUGUACCUGCGCCCCGGCGUCCAGACCGUGAGCUCUCUAGGCGGCCUGCACGGGUUCAUGCGCUGGCCGGGGCCCAUCCUGACCGACAGCGGCGGAUUCCAGGCCUUCAGCAUGGGCUCCCUGCGCAAGGUCACCGACGCGGGCAUCCGGUUUCGCUCACACCUGGACGGCAGCGAACAUCACUUCACCCCCGAGCUCGCGACCAUGAACCAGGUCGGGCUGGGCGCAGACAUCAUCAUGUGCUUCGACCAGUGCAUCGCCUACGGCGCCAGCGAGAGGCAGGUGCGGCAGGCGAUGGAGCGCACUCACCGCUGGGCCGCCCAGUGCCACCGCGUACACCGCGACUCGGGCGCAUGGCCGGGUCGGGCCCUUUUUGGCAUCGUGCAGGGCGGCACCUUCUCCCACCUGCGCGAUGAAUCGACCCAGGCCAUCACGGCCAUACCCUUCGACGGCUACGCUGUGGGCGGGCUGGCAGUGGGCGAGGACAAGGAGCAGCUCUAUGGGUUCACCGGUCAGGUCGCGGCCCAGUUGCCGCAGGACAAGCCCCGCUACCUGAUGGGCGUCGGCUCGCCGGAGGACCUGGUCGAGGGAGUUGCGAGGGGCAUCGACAUGUUCGACUGCGCCCUGCCCACGCGCGUCGCGCGAAACGGGGCAAUGUUCACGCCGGACGGCCGCGUCGAUGUUACAAAGCGGCGGUUUGCCGAGCAACACGGCCCGGUGGACGAGGAAUGCGACUGUUAUGCCUGCGCCAACUACUCCGCCGCCUAUGUCCACCACUUGUUCCGCGCCAAGGAGAUUCUCGGGCUGCGGCUGGCGUCAACGCACAACCUGCGCUUCGUCCUGAGGCUGAUGGAGCGGAUACGGGAAGCUAUCCUGGAGGAGAGGUUCACCAGCUUCAGCCGCGAGUUUCUGGACCGCUACCGGCCCACCGACGAGACGGCGCGCCAGGAACAGAAGCUGCGCUGGCUGCAGGAACGAGGAACGUAG